ACAAAAUUCUGUCUAGAAUCUCUCUGCUAUUUCAAAUAGCCAAAACACAGGCUCCAUUUCUUGCUUUUUUUUGUUUUCAAAUGUAUGGCACCAAAAGCAACUAAACAUCAACCUCUAAGAAUUGUGCAGCUUAACCCUUGUUGUUGUUCCUGGAUGGGUUUGCGUCUACUUCUUCUGCUGGUUUUCUUAGUAGUAGUUGCCUCUGCAAGCUCAAACACUUCAAAGAUUGUCACAAGUCUACCUGGCUAUACCGGUGAGCUUCCCUUUACCCUUGAAACCGGAUACAUUGGUGUGGGCGAUAAUGAGACCGUACAAGUGUUUUACUAUUUUGUUGAGUCCCAAAGGAGCCCUUCAAGGGACCCUCUUAUGUUAUGGAUGAGUGGAGGGCCUGGUUGCUCCGGUCUUGCUGGUAUCUUUUUUGAAAGUGGUCCUGUAACCUUCAAACUUGGAGAUUACAAUGGGAGCCUACCAACACUUCAGGAUAACCCAUUUGCGUGGACACAAAGCCUCAACAUCAUAUAUAUGGAUGGACCAGUUGGGACUGGAUUCUCUUAUUCAGAGAGCUUAGAUGGCUAUAUUACAGGCGAUUACAAAUUUGUAGCACAAACCUAUGAAUUUCUACAAAAGUGGUUGAAUGAGCACCCUCAAUUUUUGGAAAAUCAACUCUAUGUUGGUGGUGAAUCGUAUUCUGGCCUACUUAUACCAAUACUUGUGCAACAGAUACUGUUAGGUAAUGAAGCUGGAAUUGUGCCAAUGAUUAAUCUCAGCGGGUAUGUGCUUCAGAACCCAGCGACAGAUUCAUUCAUUGACACAAAUGCAAGAAUCCCUUAUGCUCAUCGUCUGAGUCUCAUAUCAGAUCAACUUUAUGAGUCAGCCAAAUCAAGCUGCAACAGCAUUUAUGUAGAUAUAGAUGCUAGCAAUUAUCAAUGCUCAUCAGAUGUUGAUGCUAUCGAUGAGCUGACAAGUAGUAUCAACUCAUUGCACAUUUUGGAACCUUGUUGUACUAAUGGAAUCCCAGAACCAAAUGAAGAUGUAGAGUCAGUUCGAAGAUCUCUCUCAGAGAAAUCUAGUCAUGCACAUUGGUGCCGUAGCUAUAAUCAUAUGCUCUGCUACGUCUGGGCGAAUAAUAAAGGUGUUCAAGAAGCUCUUGGAGUUCGACCGGGGACCAAAACCUUUUGGCAAUACUGUAAUACCUCCUUAGCUUACACCGAGGAGGUCACCAGUGUUGUUGGCUAUCAUCAAAAUCUCACCAAUGCUGACCUACGAGCUUUGAUAUACAGUGGUGACCACGACAUGUCAGUUCCACACAUUGGCACACAAAAAUGGAUAAAUUCUCUCAAUUUAAGUACAGACGAAAGCUGGAGAGUAUGGUCUCUCAAUGGUCAAACUGCAGGGUACACAAAGAAGUUGAUUGGUGAUACUUUCACUUUGAACUUUGCGACUGUAAAGGGAGCAGGCCACAUUGCUGCUGAAUACAAGGUCAAAGAGUGUGCUGCCAUGAUAGAUAGGUGGAUGGCUUAUUUCCCUAUUUAAGUGUGACUGGUUGAAAUUUUUUGGUAAUCUAACAUUGUAAAGGCAUGUCUGCUCACAAUGAAAUUUUUGGAACUUCAAAAGUUAGUGCAGGAUAAAGAGAAAAGUUUCUAUCACAAAUUUAUUAUUCCUUUCUCUCACAAGAUCAUAGCCAUGAAAAACCCUUUUGAGUUUCAUGCAACACUAUGGAUCCAAUUUAGGACUAAAGCAGCAAUCCAGGACACAUGCCUAUUAUGAUUACCAAUAAGUGUAAUAAUAAUAUUAUAAAUUUCAAAGCACAAUAUUUAGUCUGAAAA